AUGUCAUUUGCCAACUUUGAUUAUGAGGCUCAAAAGCCAUUGGGUAAGAAUAAUAAUAACCAAAAUUCUGGGAAUCUACUACCUGAAAAUGAAUUAGAUACCAUCUUAAAUAAGACUUCUGUUCAAUUAAAAGGAUUCUUACAUUCAAUAUCUCAACUUGAUAUCCAAAGAAAGAAUAUUGGAACUAGAAGAGAUGGAUUGGCAUUACGUGAAAAGGCUGAUAAGUUAGCAUCUAAUAUGAAAGCAACUAAUGAAGCGAUUAAUAAAUUAGUAUCUGAAUUAGAUGAUUUGAUAAAUCAAAAACAAAGUAAUAAUAAUGAUAAAUUACAUAUAACGAAUAAACAAAUGGUUACUAAACAGCGAUUAGUUAAUGAAUAUCAUUCUUUGAAUCGUCAGUUUGAAAAAUCUUUAAACUUGUAUAACGUCAGAAAGAAAGAUAAUCCAUUACAACAGAAUCAAUAUUCAGAAAGAACUCCAUUAUUACUGAAUGGUCAACAACAACAACAUACUCAAGUUCAAGUUCAACAGCAAGUACAAGUUCAAGAUAUGUUAGAUGAAACAGAGCUUCAGGCUCAUAUUUUGUUAACAGAAGAAAGAAAUCAACAGAUUGAUCAAAUUGCAGGCGGGGUUCAAGAAAUUAAUGAAAUUUAUAAAGAAUUAUAUGGAUUAGUUCAACAACAAGGAGAACAAAUAGAUACUAUAGAAGAUAAUGUACUUCAAUUACAGGAUAAUUCCCAACAAGCUCAUAAGCAAUUAUUACAAGCUAAUGAAUUACAACGGAAAAAGGGAAGGUGGAGUUGCAUUUUACUUACUGGUCUUUGUAUCCUUGUAUUAAUAAUAGUUUUAGCGGUAAUAAGUUAA